UUUAGAUGAUGACACUAUCUGUGAUAUCAAAUGAGGAACUAUGCUGGCAGAGCUUAUUCAACAAACAUCACUCAUAAUAUGGGAUGAAGUUCUUAUGACACAUAGAAGAGCUUUGGAAACACUUGAUAGAACACUACGAGACCUAUUAUCUGUUACCAAUCCUGAACUGCGUCACAUUCCAUUCGGUGGUAAAGUUGUUGUCCUAGGUGGUGAUCCACGACAAAUACUUCCAGUUAUAGAAAAUGGAACGAAAAACCAAAUUAUAGAUGCUGCUAUCAUUAACUCUCCAUUAUGGUCUUCAAUCACUAUUCUUAUAUUACACAAAAAUAUGAGGCUACAAGCAACAAAUUCAGAUGCUGCAUCACAAAAAGAAUUAUCUGAUUUCAGUGAAUGGGUACUAUCUAUUGGAGAAGGAAAUGUGCCAUCACAACUUCCAAUUGAUACUCCAGAUGAAAUGCUAGUGCCAAUACCACAAGACUUUCUUAUAAAAGAUUACACUGAACCCAUUCCUGCUAUAGUUGAUUCUGUGUAUGCUGACCUGGCAAAUCAAUAUAAAAAUGUUGAUUAUUUAAAAACCAGAGCAAUACUAUGCCCGAAAAAUGACAUAGUUGAUGAAAUUAACACAUAUAUAGUCUCCCUUCUUCCUGGGGAGAUCAAGCAAUAUUUAAGUUGUGAUAAAGUUGUCAAAGCACCGGACAGCCAUGAAUCAUAUGAUAUCUUAUAUCCAAUUGAGCUCCUUAACUCAUUAAAUGGUUCUAACUUUCCAACUCAUGAACUCAAUCUAAAGGUGGGCGUUCCAAUCAUGCUUCUGCGCAAUCUAAAUCAAUCGAUUGGCUUAUGCAAUGGGACAAGACUAAUAGUAACAGCUCUGGGUGAUAUGGUUAUACAAGCUACAAUUAUGAGCGGCUCAUUCGUUGGCCAUAGUGUUCUCAUCCCAAGGAUACGACUAACACUAAAAAAUCAUAAAUUACCAUUUGUUCUUGAACGAAGGCAAUUCCCAAUAAAAGUAUGUUAUGCGAUGACCAUUAAUAAAAGUCAAGGUCAGACAUUAGCCACGGUUGGAAUAUAUCUGAAAAUGACAGUUUUCACUCAUGGACAGCUCUACGUAGCAAUCUCCAGAGUUACAUCUAAGAAAGGAUUGAAAAUUCUUAUUGAAGAUGAUAAUGGAAAUUAUUGUGACACAACCAAAAAUAUUGUCUACCGUGAAGUAUUAGCGGCAAUGAAUUGCCAAACAAACUACUCAGCAAUAUGAAUCCAAAUUUA